UGGGAUCACAAAUCUUUUCUCCUGCCAGAUAUUUUCAUCUUCCCUUCCUCCCUUAAAACACAAAUCUUACAGAUCAUCUCUUCCACGUUACAUAUUACGUUUCUGCCUCCAUCUUUUUCCUCUUCAAUAUCUUCCCCUUUUCCCCUCUUUAAAUUCUCAAAUUUUCGUAACCGUAUUUACUAAUGGUUUAACAGAAUUUAUAACUUGGAUGUGUGUACCUGUCAAUUUAGGUACAAUUUCUGUUUUGGCAUCGAUUUUUGGGAAUUUGGCUCUGGGUUAGAAGAAAGCAAAACGGGUAUGGAUCGAGAAGGAGGAUCCGCCGGAUCUUGCUACUAUUCAGUGCUUGGGAUUCGUAAGGAUGCCUCCUGCUCCGACAUUCGCUCAGCUUAUCGGAAACUAGCUCUGAAAUGGCACCCGGAUAGGUGGGCAAAGAAUCCGUCGGUAGCGGCAGAAGCGAAACGCCGGUUUCAGAAAAUCCAAGAGGCCUACUCAGUUCUCUCCGAUGAAGACAAGAGGUCAAUGUAUGACGCCGGUUUCCUUGAUCUACUUGAGGAAGACGAAGGAAUGUGUGAUUUCCUGCACGAUUUGAUGAACAGAAUGGAUCAAAAUGUAGGGGCGGCGGAGGAGAGUCUAGAGGAUUUGCAGAGGACGUUCGUAAAAAUGUUCGGUGGAGAUUUAGCAAAGAUGAUGGAUGAGGGAAAUCCAACGGUGAAGAAGAGGGCAAGGGAUUCAGGUUCCAACAUAAGAGCUGCUCCAAAACGCAACACCACCUCUUAUCGCUGUUAAUUUUAAUCAAACGGUAGGGAAGUGGUCCCUACCCAGCCCCUACGUGAAUUACCUGUACAAACCUUUUGGUGUUGAUUUAGUGGGCUGGAUUAGAUGAAUCAGGGAGGAAUUUAACUGGUUUAUUGGAGGUACAUUUGGCUAGUCAAAAAGAACUUUUUUAGACUCUUACUUUUCUAAGGAAGUUGUUUGGUGGCUCGCAAACUUUGAAAAAGUGUGGAGUAUUAAAUUAGGGGGCUGUUGAGUUGCGUAAAUAAAGCUUCUCUUUGCUUAAAUAUCUUUUGUGGUUCCUUCGAAA